UUUGUUUCCGGGUUAGCCUCUUUCUGUUUAGGCCGGUGUGGCUUCGUCUUGUUUUGAGCCACGUGUGAACGGCCGAAGAAAUAAAUAAAAUAAAUGGCUUCGUCCUUUGAGCAGAUGAGAGCAAAUGUGGGCAAGCUGUUGCGAGGAAUUGACAGGUAUAACCCAGAGAAUCUAGCAACGUUGGAACGCUAUGUGGAGACGCAAGCCCGGGAAAAUGCUUAUGAUCUAGAAGCCAACCUGGCAGUACUCAAACUGUACCAGUUUAAUCCAGCAUACUUUCAAACCACUGUGACUGCCCAAAUUCUACUUAAGGCACUGACAAACCUCCCUCACACAGACUUCACACUGUGUAAAUGUAUGAUUGACCAAACCCAUCAGGAGGAAGGACCAAUUGGACAGAUCCUUUAUUUGGGGAAUCUACUAGAAACGUGUCACUUUCAAGCAUUUUGGCAAAAUCUUGAGGAAAACCGAGAGCUGAUUGAAGGCAUUACUGGAUUUGAGGAUUCUGUGAGAAAAUUCAUCUGUCAUGUGGUUGGCAUCACUUACCAAAACAUUGAGAAGAUGCUGUUGGCAGAAAUGUUGGGGGAUCUCACAGACUCACAGCUCAGGGCUUGGAUGAGCAAAUAUGGCUGGACAGAGAGUGAACCUGGACAGAUUUUUAUCUACAAUCAAGAAGAGAACAUCAAGCCCAAAAAUAUUGUGGAGAAGAUUGAUUUUGAAAGUGUUUCGAGUAUUAUGGCCACAUCCCAAUGAUGAAGCACCUUUCAAAAAUGUAUUUUCUGUUCCUCCUUUUCACAGUAAAAUAAUUUAUCCAAAUGCA